AUGCUUGUGCGCAUCCGAACAGCGCCGCGUCUUCUCCACGCCCCACGACCGUCGACGACUACGGGAUGGCUCAGCUCGGCAGCAGCGGCCGCCGCGCCUGCGACACCAGCCGACACUGCCACCAGCCACGACGGCAUACUGCGGCAUCACCACCUCCACCCGGGCAGGCUGACGAGCUAUGACGAAGCCGAGUCUCUGCAGGAGAGCAUCCGAUCCGACCUGCUCGCGUGGAAGGGUCAGAAAUCUGCCAGGGGGCGACGGGGCGGAGACGACCAUGAGCCUCCCCCGCGACCGCACCUCAUCUCGUUCGAGGCGGCGCCGACUUUCACCCUCGGCCGUCGACAGCAGAACCCCCCGCCCGAGCAGAUGGCCCGUCUGCGCCGGGAGCUGCGCAUCGCCGACGACGGCGGCAGGAACGACGGCGGACGACCGACCAGCCUGACCCCCGCCGUGCGCAAGACCAGCCGCGGCGGCCUGACGACCUACCACGGUCCGGGUCAGAUGGUCCUCUGGCCGGUCCUGGACAUGCGCUCCCCCCUGUACCCGGGGUACGGCGUCGAGUCGUACGCCAGCCACCUCGAGUCGGCGACCCAGCGCCUGCUGGCCGACCUGUUCGGCAUCAGGACCUACAUCAGCCGCGACGACCCGGGCGUCUGGGUCGCCACGCCCCCCGGCGAGCCCGAGCGCAAGAUCGCCGCCCUGGGCGUCCACCACCGCCGCCACGUCACGGCCUUGGGAAUAGCCGUCAACAUCAGCAUCCCCGUCGAGGGGCCCGAAGAGUCCAACCCCUGGGCUAGGUUCGUGCCCUGCGGCCUGGACGGGAAGCUGGUCACCUCGGUGGCCAAUGAGCUGGGGGAUCCCGUGCCCGAGGCGACGCCUGGGCGCUAUGAUGUCGCCGCCCUCUCUCGUACCUGGGCUGAGAUGUUUGCCGAGGGUCUGACGGACCCUAGGCGACGUGUAUUUGCUGGGUCGAGGAUGGGUUAG